CUCUCUCUCCAACGACCCAGAUGGCCGCCCUUCCGGGCAAUGCCGCUUCAUCUGACGGAUCAGUGGCGGAAGUGCUGGGAUUGCGCAGCUCAUUUGAGGGUGCAAAUGAGCUGAGGCGGAGGAGGGGAGGGUCGGGGGAAGGUGAAGGCGCCGACAGGACAGCACGAGUGAUGAGGGCCCUCAAAAGCUUCGACAUUUAUCGGUGAGCCGAGCCAAGCCAGCUGCUGCUGACAUUGCAAUGAAGUUGUGUUGGAUGUGACACUGUGCAGCAAAGUGCCGGUGGACUGCCGGGUGAAGACCCAGAGUGGCGGUGUCAUUGCAUGUCUGUGCUGGCUGACCAUCGCGGCUCUCUUUCUGGGCGAGCUGCGAAGCUUCCUCAGAGUCGAUAUCGAGGACCACAUCGUUGUCGGUAGGCAGGCCUGCUGGCCCAGCGGCACCCAGAGACGGCGGAGAUCAUCCUUUUGCAGAUCGCCUGAUGGAGCAGAAGCUCCAUAUUCAGCUCAACAUCACUUUUCCCAGCCUGCGAUGUGUGGGUGACACAGAGAGAGACAGACCCACAGACAGGCAGACAGGCAGCCUGAGGAGAGGAUGGGAUGGAUGUAUGCAUGUGUCAUUGCAGAGAUCUCUGUUGACACUGUCGAUGUGCUGGAGGAGAACCAAGUCGAUAUCAAUGGUCGGUCCAACACACGUAUGCACGCACAUGUCUCCCAUGAUCUUGCGCUUCCAUGUGUCUGCAGGAACAUUGAUGAAGGUGCCCCUCGACACCAUGGAGACACUGCCAAGGCAUAUGGUGAGCCAGACACACGUCAUGUAUGCCUUUUCUCACGAUCGCAUGAUAUGACGUGCCAUUUUCUCCCAGACCACGUGCCGUCUCCCGGCGAGUGUCUCUCGUGCUUUGCCGCGACAAACGCCAGAAGGAAGUACGCGAGACGGAGGCGGGACAGAACACGCGGGGUCUGCUCUCAAUUCUUGCCAUGUUUGAUGCCUUGUGCAGGUGUUGCAAUACCUGUCAAAGCCUCAAGGAAGCAUACGCUGAAGUGAGCACGUGCCAUGACGCCCACCAUCAUACUGUCGACGCCGAAGGCCUAUUUUGUCCUUGUCCCCCUUGAUGUUUGUCUGCAGGAGGGUCUCUCCUACUUUGACGUUGUCAAUAUCGCCCCGCAGUGCCAGGAAGCCAUCGGGUGCGGUGUGUAUGGCGAGGUGGCCGUCAAUAAAGUCGCAGGCAACAUCCACGUGGCCCUCGGCAGGUCCACUGUCAAGAAUGGAAAACACGUACAUGAGGUCAGAGGAGACAGGCAGGCAGGGCCACACCAAUGGUGCAUUCAUCGUCUCCUUUGUUCAGUUCAACGUUCAGGACCUCACUGAUGGCUUCAACACGUCCCACACCAUACACACGUAAGCACCCCGCCCCGCCCGACACACAAGUGGGCGGAUGGCCGGUCUGUCUUCUUGUCCUUCAUCGAUGCACGCAGUCUGCGGUUCGGUGCGAGAGUGCCCGGCGUGAGUUCGCCCCUCGAGGGCACCUCACGCACAGUCCAUCACGGGGCAGGCAUGUUCCACUACUACAUCAACCUGGUACCCACACAGUACUUCCCAAGCCGCGGCGGGCAGCCUCUCUACACAAACCAGGUAUACUUGGUUCAUUCAGGCCGACGGUUGGCCGUCGGAAUGUGCGUGUCUCCCUGUGUUGAGUGCAGUACGCCGUGUCGAUGUCGUACAAGAAUGUGCUGGAGCUCAACGAUCGGCUGACGGGGCUGCCCGGCGUCUUUCUGGUGUAUGAUCUGUCUCCCUUCAUGGUCAACAAGGUGGAGCGUCGCGUGCCGCUGGUGCACUUCUUGACGUCGGCGACAGCCAUCAUCGGGGGCGUCUUCACGCUGUCCAGCCUGCUGGACACCCUCGUGUGGUCCUUGUCGCGUGUGUCGCUUGGCAGCGUGGUGCUGGGGGGGAGGGAGAUGCAGGAGGCCAUCAAGUACUCGUGAUGUGACGACUGUGCCUGCCUGCCUGCUGAUGCAAGAGACACUGGUGACAUGAC